AUGAGGCUUCUCGUCCGGUGGUUUCUUCUUCUGGCCUGGUGCCGCUGGGCGGCUGUGGAUGCCUCAGGGCAGUCGAAAUUACCCGACACUGUUGAGGUGGACUUGGUGUUCCCUCACAACGACACAUAUGCGCCAGCCCCGAUUAUACCUAUAGUUUUUGCUGUUCAGAAUUUUCACGUAAGCCAACCGCUCCAUCUAUACUCCUAUUACACGAUUACCGGAGUCCCGUGGUGGAAUACCACUACUAUACAAGAGGGCAUGAUUCAUUUCGAUACCAACCAUGCCAACUACUCCAACAAUGCCGGCGACUUGCACUUUGUCUACGAAUACACUAGCCGUCUUCAUAAUACCCAGGGCAGCUGGACAUUUAUAUGGGAACUGUACGCAGGAAACUGUACCGACACGGGUCGAGGGCCGGCUCCGCUGCAAGGUAGCCUCGUUUACACGCGGAAAGAGGUCUACUUCUCUACCAGUGAGGGUGCCCAGCAACCGCAUCUUGUUGCUGCCACGACGGACGACUCCUGCGAAAAGACACAAGGUGUUACCUUUAAUAUUACUCAAGUACUCGACGUUCCUGACUCCGAGACACACGCCUUCGGUCAAGGCGUUUGUCCCGUAGUGUCAUGGCUAAGCCCGACUCCGAGGCCCUGCUCAGUCAGGAUUGACGCUGCUGCAGCAUCAAACAUGUCGUACCAAAUUCAAUCUUGGGCAUGUAUGGACGGCCUGAAUCCAAAUGUGACCUGCCCAUCUGGCGUUCACGGUGAGAGCGUGGCCAUACAACUUGCACCGUUUACAUCCGGGCAGGCGUCAUGCCUAGUAGGCCUCGGUCACUUGCUACCUACCAAUUUUGAGAUAGUUUCGGCGCAGGCGACUCUCCGGCAUCCUGUUAGCCCGAGCUACGCUGGUAGAAAUGCCUGUCCAGAGCGCUGUAUCAUUUCCGGACCAAAUCCCGCGAACUGGUCUGCCUAUCACAACUUUGACCAAUUCCAGUCAUGCCAGGAAACUUUGUUCUACGGAUUUAGUAUCCACGACGUGGUUGACGAUGCAAACACACUUCAUCGCAUCUAUUCUUGUACUUCGUACGGCUCCGAUUGGGCUAAUAUCCCCAAUUCCUCUGUAACAAGCCCUGUCGAGUCCGCACAUAACGCUACUUAUGAGAUUGGAUGGUCGAUCGGAAAGUUCACUGGGCAGUCUACUGCUACUGGUGGUGCUCUCAUUGUCUUGACCAGACAGUUACGUCAAUACCUCGCCGGUGGAAAUGGUCACAGAAAUAAAACUACUCUGCUGUUUGCCCAGUUUGGCCAGACAGCUGUUGGCCUCUAUAUCGGAAAGGGGUUACAGAGUGAGGGCAUAGGAUCCUUCGCACUCAAGGCUCUAGAAGAUACAUUGCUAUCUUCAAACCUUUCUGCCUCUAGCAUCACCAUGCAAGCGUGUGAGCCAGGCCGCGACCACAUAUUCGGAAUUAUGGCCACCGGCAAUGGCACUUUUACUCCAAUACAAAAUACGAUGAAGAGCUGGGCCAAGGCCGACUGUAUCUCCUUGGAUGAAUCUAGCAGUUUCACUGGCCCAGCUUACUUCAUUACUCCGCUUGUGAGGGCAACCAACGGCACGGUGCCUGGGAAUCGUGGCAGUAACUCCACAUCAGACUUGAAGUCUAGAAUCUCCCGGGUCUCAGAUCGGGAUGACUCCAGGCCAAAGCCCAACGCGGAUGGGUCUUGUCAUGUGUAUACGGUCCACGGAAGUGAUAACUGCUGGAGCAUCGCAACUGCCAAUGGUAUCACAAUUGAUGAGCUUGACAGUUUCAAUAAGAAUACUUGGGGUUGGAACGGAUGCACAAACGUCUGGGACAAAAUCAACAUAUGUUUAAGCACGGGAACACCACCAAUGCCUAACCCUAUGGCAAACGCUGUCUGUGGCCCACAAGUGCCGGGCACUCAAGCUCCAGCAGCCGGAACUGAUAUUUCCAAACUUAACCCUUGUCCGUUACAUGCUUGCUGCGAUGUUUGGGGUCAGUGCGGCACCACGCAAGAGUUCUGCGUGGAUACUAGCACGGGGACUCCUGGAACAGCCAAGCCUGGCACAAACGGGUGUAUUUCAAACUGCGGCACCAGUAUUGUUCGUGGCGAUCCACCGGCCGUGUUUCGAAAGAUUGGCUACUUUGAAGGCUAUAGCUUUAGUAGUCGCGAGUGCCUCUAUCAGGAUGCACUACAGAUUGAUGGCUCCCAGUAUACGCACGUACACUUUGGCUUUGGAAUGAUUACGCAAGACUAUCAAAUUAAUACCGGAAACGCCGAAACUACAUAUGAGUUUGAGAACUUUAAGCGCAUUUCAGGGGCCAAGAGAAUCUUGUCCUUUGGCGGAUGGGAUUUCUCAACAAGCCCGGACACCUACACAAUCUUCCGUGAAGGUGUAAAACCCGCUAACCGUUUGACUUUGGCCACUAAUAUCGCAAACUUUAUUAAGAAACACAACUUGGACGGCGUUGAUAUCGACUGGGAAUAUCCGUCCGCCCCGGACAUCCCCAAUAUCCCUCCGGCUCCCAAGGAAGAGGGAAUGGAUUACUUUUACUUUUUGGUGAUUCUCAAGAACUUGCUUGCCGGCAAAUCACUCUCCAUUGCGGCCCCUGCGUCAUAUUGGUACUUGAAGGGGUAUCCCAUUCAGAUUAUUAGCUUGAUCGUGGAUUACAUCGUUUUCAUGACCUAUGAUCUUCAUGGUCAGUGGGACUCCCAGAACCAAUGGUCACAGGUCGGCUGCCCCUCGGGCAUGUGUCUUCGGAGCGGUGUCAACUUGACUGAGACGAUCAAUUCUCUUGUCAUGAUCACCAAGGCAGGCGUCCCCUCGAACAAAAUUGUUGUUGGUGUGACUAGCUAUGGACGGUCCUUUGGCAUGGCCCAAGCUGACUGUUACGGCCCGGAUUGCUUCUACACCGGAGGUCCCCUCAACUCUGGCGCCAAAAAGGGUCGAUGCACCAACACGGCCGGCUAUAUUGCAGAUGCUGAAAUCAAGGAAAUCCUCAAGGACUCAAGCCGAGUGAACCAAAACUACCUAGAUGGACCCAGCAACAGUAAUAUCCUCGUCUACGAUGACACCCAGUGGGUGAGCUACAUGAGUCCCGAAGUCCUCUCCACGCGAACCCAGAUUUACAAGUCGCUUAAUAUGGGGGGCACAACCAACUGGGCAAUCGACUUGGAAGACUACAACGACGUCCCGAACGAGUCGGGCACGAGCAAUUGGGUCACCUUCAAGGAGGACCUGAACUCUGGGUUGGACCCAUAUCAGAAAGGAGACCGACAUGGGAAUUGGACAAGUCUGACUUGUACAGACCGAUAUGUGGAGGAUAAUGACGACUUCACACCCUCGGAGCGGUGGAGCGGGUUAGAUUGCCCCGACGCCUGGAAGGAUGUGAUCGAUAUAUGGAAAACCUCCUACCAAGGUAAGUCGGACAAGCCAUUCAGCACAGCCGUCGUCAACAUAUUGCACGGCCCGCAAACCGUCCGUUGCGAGACGGUGGUGAGCCAAAAUCACUGUGAUGAGCCAAAGGAAUGCACCGACUUUGUUGGAUCAGGCACCGGCCCAGCAGGUUACGAAAUCUUCAAUUCUUUUGUCGAAAUUCAUGGGGAGCCAACCUCUCUCUUCUCUCUUGUCGACUCACUUGUUACCGCUGUCCGGCUACUAACCAGGCGGUUCAAAAUUGGCCUUUUGCAGAUGUACGAUGACUUUCGUCAAGCCGUGACUGAAGAGGCUGCCCUAUACAUCAACAACGCGCUUCCCAAUUUCGAGAACAAGUUUGCGCCAGUACCCGAGCCGGAAGAUAAUAGGUGGCUUCUGCUCUUAAUCGAUCUCAUUACCCUCGGCGCUGGCCUAGCCGCUGGGCCAUUCUUCAAUUCUUACUUGUCGAAACUACCUUACUUUAUAAAGAAUGAUGCUGCUGGGGCUACACUAAAGGAUACUACCAUGACCCUCAUUGGGCAAAGCACCACCAUCGCAAAGGACAUGUUGAGUACGAAUAACGCUGAUUCCUGGUCUCCCAAGAAGCAGGCUGAAUUCUCGCACUACAUGGGCCAAGCUCUUGACGCCUGGGCUAACCUCGCCGAAGCCUCGGUGCACAAUUUGUUCAAUGGCUCGGAUACAAGUAUUGGCCUACUGACGUCUCUCAUAUCCGAUGGGAAGUUCAUUCAGGGGAAGGGCCGUGGAGCGCCAGCUUCCCCAAGCAACGCCGCCUUGAAAGCCGCCAUUGGGAAAGCAUUCUUUGCUUAUGCUAUCCCUGCCAUUUGGGCCGUUUCUGGAACAUCCCCCUUCAUUAUUGACUCGGGUUUUAAUUGUGGCGUGAAUGACCCCAUUGGCGGGUAUAUGGCUUCGGACACGAUGCACCGAACAUGGCACUGCGUUGACGACAAGCUGUACUACCUUGCUAGUCCAAAGGGUGAUGCAAAAUCUUGUGUCAAGCCGUGCACGGGAUGUGCAGAUGAAUGCAAAGACAACAAGUUCUCGGCCCCUCCGGGCAUAGAGUGGCUGGAUGGCUCGUCGUUUGGACAGAUUACGCUGUCUGAUCUAGUAACUGGAUCUGUCAGAACGUACAAAGCAAACGGUGGCCAGAACACCAACACAUCGCCGGACCCUAAUACGUUGGCCAGUUUCACCGGCGUGGACGUCACAGCACCGGGCUUCAUCCGAAUGCCAGUUUGCAGUCCAGCCAUGGCCUACAAGGCAUGGAUCGGCAACGGAGACGGACCCGACACCAGUGCACCAGGCUACCCUUGCGCAGUACCCAAGAAUGACGACUUCUGCGGUGCCUCGACGUUUGUGGACCAGACAAGCGGCGCCUCCCCGCCAGUUUCCGACUGUCUGGCGCUCAUCAAGAAGAUACAGGACCGUUCUGACCCUACUGACCACGAGAUUGAGAAUGCCGUCGGCAACCAGCAUCAGAUUGAGGAAUACGGCGAGUGCAAAUUCGGCGUCCAGGGCAACGGUAAAAACGGCAAUAUCGACUUCCACGUUGGCGGGCAGGAUAUAAUCGAUCUUAUCAAUGAUUCCAUAAACAAGUUUGGCUCAUCUGGCAGGGUCGGUGCCAAGGGCAGCAUGAGUUGCAAAGGAACCGUCAAGGGUCAGGAUGUUGACUGGGGCCUGUAUUAA